AUGAACUACCUGCGGCGCCGCCUGUCGGACAGCAACUUCAUGGCCAAUCUGCCAAAUGGGUACAUGACAGACCUGCAGCGCCCGCAGCCGCCCCCGCCGCCGCCUGCUGCCCCCAGCCCCGGAGCAACGCCCGGUCCCGCGACUGCCACUGCCGAGAGGGCCUCCGGGUCCGCCCCUGUGGCCUCUCCGGCUGCCCCUAGUCCCGGGUCUUCGGGGGGUGGUGGCUUCUUCUCGUCGCUGUCCAACGCGGUCAAGCAGACCACGGCGGCCGCGGCGGCCACCUUCAGCGAACAGGUGGGCGGCGGCUCUGGGGGCGCAGGUCGUGGGGGCGCUGCCGCCAGGGUGCUGCUGGUCAUCGACGAGCCCCACACCGACUGGGCGAAAUACUUCAAAGGGAAAAAGAUCCAUGGAGAAAUUGACAUUAAAGUAGAACAGGCUGAGUUCUCUGAUCUCAACCUCGUGGCUCACGCCAACGGUGGAUUCUCUGUGGACAUGGAAGUUCUUCGGAAUGGGGUGAAGGUCAUGCGGUCUCUGAAGCCGGACUUUGUGCUGAUCCGCCAGCACGCCUUCAGCAUGGCCCGGAACGGAGACUACCGCAGUUUGGUCAUUGGGCUGCAGUAUGCUGGAAUCCCCAGCGUGAACUCUUUGCAUUCUGUCUACAACUUCUGUGACAAGCCCUGGGUGUUCGCCCAGAUGGUUCGACUGCACAAGAAACUGGGGACAGAGGAAUUCCCUCUUAUUGAUCAGACCUUCUACCCCAAUCACAAAGAGAUGCUCAGCAGCACGACGUACCCUGUGGUGGUGAAGAUGGGGCAUGCGCACUCCGGGAUGGGCAAGGUCAAGGUGGACAACCAGCACGACUUCCAGGACAUCGCGAGUGUCGUGGCCCUGACCAAGACGUAUGCCACCGCCGAGCCCUUCAUCGAUGCCAAAUAUGACGUGCGUGUCCAGAAGAUUGGGCAGAACUACAAAGCCUACAUGAGGACGUCAGUGUCGGGAAACUGGAAGACCAACACCGGCUCUGCGAUGCUCGAGCAGAUUGCCAUGUCUGACAGGUACAAGCUGUGGGUGGAUACCUGCUCAGAGAUUUUUGGGGGACUGGACAUCUGCGCCGUGGAAGCGCUGCAUGGCAAGGAUGGAAGGGAUCACAUCAUUGAGGUGGUGGGCUCCUCCAUGCCGCUCAUCGGGGACCACCAGGAUGAAGACAAGCAGCUCAUCGUGGAGCUUGUGGUCAACAAGAUGGCCCAGGCCCUGCCCCGGCAGCGGCAGCGGGACGCCUCCCCCGGCCGGGGCUCCCACAGCCAGACUCCGUCCCCAGGGGCCCUGCCCUUGGGCCGCCAGACCUCCCAGCAGCCCUCGGGGCCUCCGGCUCAGCAACGACCCCCACCACAGGGUGGCCCUCCACAGCCGGGCCCAGGCCCCCAACGCCAGGGACCCCCGUUGCAGCAGCGCCCGCCCCCGCAGGGCCAACAGCACCUUUCGGGCCUUGGACCCCCAGCUGGCAGUCCCCUGCCCCAGCGCCUACCAAGUCCCACAUCGGCGCCCCAGCAGCCUGUGUCCCAGGCCCCACCGCUGACCCAGGGUCAAGGCCGCCAAUCCCGGCCGGUGGCAGGAGGACCUGGGGCACCUCAGGCAGCCCGCCCACCAGCCUCCCCAUCUCCCCAGCGCCAGGCAGGCCCCCCACAGGCUACCCGUCAGACAUCCGUCUCCGGUCAGGCUCCGCCAAAGGCCUCGGGAGCCCCACCGAGCGGUCAGCAGCGCCAGGGCCCACCCCAGAAACCCCCGGGCCCUGCCGGCCCCACACGCCAGGCCAGCCAGGCGGGUCCCAUGCCCCGCACUGGGCCACCCACCACGCAGCAGCCGCGGCCCAGUGGCCCGGGCCCUGCUGGACGACCCACCAAGCCACAGCUGGCCCAGAAACCCAGCCAGGACGUGCCGCCACCCGCCACUGCCGGGGGACCCCCGCACCCCCAGCUCAACAAAUCCCAGUCUCUGACCAAUGCCUUCAACCUUCCAGAGCCAGCCCCGCCCAGGCCCAGCCUUAGCCAGGACGAGGUGAAAGCUGAGACCAUCCGCAGCCUGAGGAAGUCUUUCGCCAGCCUCUUCUCCGACUGACACCCCACCCUGAGAACCCUUAAUUCCUCCUGGGAAACCCCUCUCUGGGCCCUGAAUCCAUUUCUCACUUUUGGAGUCUCCAAAUCCCUUGAGAAGCCCUCUCCUGGUCCAC